CAGAGCUCUAGAACUGUCUUGUUAGCUGUUGAAAAAAUUGAAAGAUAAGCUUUAUGAUUCCAAGGAAACAAAGAGGUUCUUCAUGAAUCAUGAGGAUGUGGUUGAGCAUUUACUUGAAGUCACUAAGACAGCUCUGCUUCAUGAUUGUACUCUAUUGUGUGCUUGGAGUUUGGAGGAAUGCGGUCAUUACUUGGAGACUGUAAAAAUAUAUGAAAACAAGCCUGCAGAUCUCUUCCAGGGGUAUAUAGAUACAGAUCACUUGUCACAGGUGAAACGCCUAUAUGAUGCUUUUCAUGAACCAUUCAAACAGAUUGUUUCCAGCAACCCUGUUGUUCCAGAGACAUUUCAGAAAGACCCUGAACCUUCUCUGGCGAAGGUUACAGAAGUGGAGAAGGGAGAAGAAGUGAAAGCAAAAGAACUUAAAGAAGGAUGAUAGAACCUGAACUAACAGUCAAAUCAGCUCUAUCUGUUGCACUUCCUCCAAAACAUGCUGAUAAAAUUGGUAAAAAGGCCAAUAAACCGCAUGGAGAGUCUGGUAAUUGAUUCUCAUUUUUUAAUAUCUAUUACUUCAGUUGCAGAAGAUGUUCCAGAUAUUCAGUAUUAUAGGGAAGAUAGUCGAGGAAGAUAGUCGUAGCAUUACUGCAGUAAAAUUUCUUACUGUGUAUUUUUUUUCUUCUUCCCUAUUCUAUGAGGAUUAAAGGAUUUCACUCCUACCCCCAAGGUGACUCAAAUCCAGGACCUCUCGAUCUUAGGGGGCAAAUUUUACUUUAUCAGGAAGAUUCAUUCCAAAAUGCUUCUUGUUGAUUAUUUGUUUUUAUUCAGCAGUUUGCUGAUGCAGAAUGAAGCAUCACAGAGCUGUACAUUAUUAUAAUCUGCAAACUCUCUUUUAAGAUUCGGGACUGACUUUAUGAGUUGGGAAUGUGGAGGAAGUUGAAGAGGUUCUUGACGAGCGGGACUGCACCACAUCUGUAAUCAGUGGCCAGUAAUCCGCUUCCGGUUGGGCACAUGGCUUUAGUCUAACGAUAUAUUGCAGAAAAUUACAUGAGAUUCUAGCUAAAGAAACGUUCCACUUCAUUUUGAUGAUAAAGCAGAAAUGAUGAGGCAGCCUGAAUUAAAUCUUUCACUAUUUUCAUUCAAACGACAUAUUCUAGAAUGUUGCUUAA